CACAGCCCAGUACGAUUGUCACAACAUUUAACAAAGGUUCAUCUUCAGUUAAAAACACCUUAACUGCUUCGGGAGUAGACGUAAAAUGGUCCAAAACUGAUUGGCUUAAUACGGAAGUUAAGUUAAGCGAUUUUGACUUGUUGGUUCUGAAGAAUUUGGUUUGUGCUGUUACAAAUGAUAUUGAUUAUGAAUCAGUUUGCACAGUGAUGGGUGAUUAUCUGUAUCAAGCGGUUCGUCCCUCCUUGAUCUUAGGUAAAAUGAAGCUACUAAAAGGUGACGACUCAGCUAGUGGUAGUAGUAGUACUCCUAGUAUAGGCGGUAGUGUUAAACAAAACAAAAACAGAAAAGGUGGUCGGAAAGGUGGGGGAGCGAAUAAGGCGAAAGGAGCUAAAGGGCCUUCGAAAGCUGAUCAGAUUAGAAUGCAAAAUUCAAUCGGUAGCUUAAACUCGAAAGUUGAAGGAGCUUUAUCCGCAUUUGCCGGUAAUGACGACUUUCGACGCCCGAAACUGUUUUUGGAAAAGAUCGUGGAGAUGCGAGGGAUUGGUUUUCUAUGUUGUGCAUGGUUCUUGUUGACAAAGCAGAAAAGUCACGAAUUGACUGCCUUAACUUACAGUAUCAUUGUGUCAUUAGAAAGAUUCAUCAAGGUAACGGAAAAACUGAAAGGGAAGUCGCAUCUUGAUUCUUUGAAAGACGACAUCGUUUCAGUUACCCUAAUAAAUGAUUUGAGAGAUAAAUUGGCGGAGCUAAAAGAGAAAUUCGAAUUUAGUGGCGAGAAACUAUACCGUACAUCUCCACAAUUGUUAAUUUUCAGUGACUUUGAUACUGUCCUCCCAGUUUCAGCAGUCAAGCCUUAUCCACAUCAAGCCAGAAUAUGUAAAAUACUGGAGGAAAACAUUGAAAAUGGAUGUUAUAUAAUGUACCGUGCUAUCACUAAUGCUGGUAAAACUACUACCAUUGCAAUGUUGGCUGCUACGGUCCAGAAGAUUAGAAAUACUCGACAUGAAAAAGACCCCCUCGCUAAGCUGACGAUCAUUUUCUGCUGUAACAUCAAGUCUGUAACAGAUACUGCUGGUCAGUGGCUGCAAAACACUACCCACAUCAGCUCAAUCCCUGAUCUCCCGUUCGCUAUAGCAUUUGAAAGGCCGGACGGGGAGUUGGUGAUUCGAAACAGUUAUUUCUGUAAAGAUAUAACAGACAGACUGGUCAUAAUCUGCUCUCCACAUAUUGCUAUGAGAGUAAUUAAAGAACGUAGCUACAUAACUCCAUUCAUAUUGUUCCACGAUGAACCAACUAUCGGAGCUGAUAAUCGGGAAAGUCGCUCCCUGGCUCAAAAUGUUGAAAUAAUGAUGUACCCUCCUAGAUGGACAAUCGUGUCUUCCGCCACCCUUCCCACAGAGGUCGAACUCGACCCAUUUAUAAAGAGGUUCAAAAGAAUGAACCUCUCGGGUCACAUCGAAAAUGUAGCUUCGGCCAAAAUUAACAUUGGCUGUGACAUAUAUUCCCAUAAUGGUACCUCAUUCUUGCCCCACUUGGGUAGCGGUUCAACGGACGAACUUACCGAAUGUUUGACAAAUAUAAAGGACAACAUGUUCCUGAGCCGUUCGUACACUCCCUUGUCCGUGUCAGAGCUGUGUAACUUCGCCACGGAGUCUGAAAUACCUGGCGUACCAAAGAUUGGCGAUCACUUUUCCAAAAUAGAUAAUCUCAGUGCCGAUGCAGUGAGAUUAUUCGGGCUCAAGAUUUUGGACCAGGUAUCCAAAACUGACGACUCUACGACCAAAGAAAUAUGCUCCAAACCCAUCAAAUGCUCCGGAAGGAGUGUAGAAUUUGCUAACCUUGGCACAACAAGUGCUUCUAAGUUUUCCCAGAUGAGUCUCAUUGCAAGUGGAGAUCCAUUAGCAUUUGCACUGGAGACCUUCGCCGACUUCAUUGAAGAAAUCAACGAUACUAAGGUGUACAGUAUUGAAAAGCUUGUAUCUCAAUAUUGGAAAGUUCAGGAACAGUGGUCGAGCGAGAUCGAGAAGAUAAAGAAGCGAAAGAAAAAACCCCCAGCCUCAUCGAAAAGACGAAACUCCACUGGAGAGGCAGAAAAAGAAGAAAAGGUAGACUAUGAGCAACAAGAAAUGGAUCUGCUCGCAAACAAACCGUUCCUGUCCUUCCCCGAAUAUUAUCAAAUUAACACCCGGCUGCACGCUGAAAAAUACUCUCCGAACGGUAAAAUAGAUGUGGAGAGGUACCCCAACCCUGAUUUUAGUUUUCUGACUGAUUCGAAGAAAAAUCUGAAUGUACCUGGAGAUGUUCUGCUUCUAUUAUGUUGUGGUGUGGGAAUAUAUGCUCCUGAAGAUUCUAGAGUCAACAGUGGCGGUUACCUCGAGCAAGUGAUAUCACUAGCAAAAACAGGAAGAUUGGCGUAUCUGGUAGCGGACCAUAAUAUAGCAUACGGAGUCAACUUCCCCUUCUCCCGGACGAUAGUGUGUGAUGAUUUCACUGCAGAACAUAGCAUGAACACCGUCUUUCAACUCAUGUCUCGAGCAGGUCGUGUUGGUCAGAGCUGGUUUGCAGAAUCCUUCGUAUCAGACGAAGUGGUGAUUACAAUGAGAGACUAUUCUCACUCCGAUAAGUCACCCGAUGGUCAGGUGGAGAUUAAGAACAUGAUAAGUGUAGCACGGGAAAUAACGAUAAGAGACCGUGAACAGAGGCAAGCCCGUGAGGGUAUAGGGGGUCUGUGAUUAUAGGGCAGGAUAUUUAGGUGAAGUCUUGUUUUAGGGACAAUUUGUAUUGUUGUUUACUGAGGGGUAUUGUAAAUUUUGCAUCUACGUAACAUUGAUAUUCUCAUUUCUCAUGAUACUAUAUAUUUAAAAUCUUUGUUUGGUCAAGUAAUGGGUCGGUAUGCUGGUAAUCGAUGAAGGUUUAGUGUAGUGAAGUUAUCCAUCAAAUUGUUGGAUAGCGUGUCCGUUCUUUUCCUUCUUAAAAUUUGCUUUUUUGCAGAUUGAUAGGGAGGUAGCUUAUAGCUAGUUGUGUUAAUCAUAUUAUAUUGUGAAUUGUUUGUAGGUAAAAUAGGCGAAGCAGGGAAAGAAAUUUAUUUUAUGGAAUGUCUUUCAUAUAUUUUAAUGCACUUUAAAGUUAAUACUUCGAAACCUUGUGAUUUCUGGUUUUAGAAUAUUGGCUUGGUCUAAAUUGGUAUUAGUGAGUUUCCCGGCAUGGCUUUUAUAUCUCAAGUUUUCAACAAUACUUUUAUUUUGAAACGUCCUGAUGACGUGAAAAAAUAUGUUGGCAGAGGAAAAAUCUUUUUCAGAUUAGGUUAUUUUUAGUCACAUCGCCUCCUAAAUUUUAAAAGUUUCACAAAUAUUUUAAUGUUAAGGACACAACGAUUACGAUCAAUUCUCAUUUCUGGUUCAUCUCUAUUUGUAAAGCUGGUGUCAAUUUGGGCAUUGGGAUCAUGUUUAAUUUUUAUUUGUAGUGUAACGUCAAUUGUUAGGGUGACCUAAUUUGUAUUGCGCUAUCCUUGGUUUGGAAUGAUUGUAAAAAGAAUUAUAUUGCAUUUACUUAAACAAAAGAUACUAGUUAAGUUCAGAUAACCCUUCUUGCCACUCGCAUAUGUUAGAUGAUCAACUUUAUCCUAUCUCAAAUUUAUUUAAAUUCUGUGUGGGUUUAUAAUUUAAAUUAUAUUGAUAUGAUGUGAUUGCCAUCUUUUUAAUAUCCAUCAUAGAUCAAACUUGGUUCAAUAGAAUCGAUAGAGUUCGUUUUAAGAACUAUCAUUGAUAGCACCUAAAUAGCCCCUGUGAUUUUCUAUAACUCUAAACUUUGCUACUGAUGGGAAGAUGAUGUAAAUGUGAUAUAACAGUUGACCUGUGACUUGAACGAAUUACUAAUUUGAUCGCUGAUUGGUUAAUCGAGCUGUUAUUAAAUUACAUUUGUGUCUCCUCCCCUCCGGUAGUCUAGUCUGUAAGUUUGAGCUGCCCUUUAUAAGCUUUAUUUGAUUAGAGAACAUGUUUUAUCAUUCGUAGUUGUCUAUAUUGAUCCAUUUUUGGAUUUUCACUUUCAAAUUUUUCUGCUCCAAGAUAAGAUUUUCACUUGUCUGUCAGUACACAUAAUCAUAAUAGUGACAGUGGAAAAUGAAACGAUUAAUCCUUCUGGUCUCAUAUUGAGUAACAAAUUAAGUAGCCCGGUCUUGUCUUUGAUCUCUGAUUCUCUAUCUCAAUUGUGACCAGCAUGUUAGCAUGUCCGCAUGUCAAAAAUCUAAUGAUUGUAACCAUAAUUCAUGUGACGAUUUAAUGAUUUCCUAUCAAAUUCCCAAAAAAUGGGGAUCAUUAAUUUCAAGUAAUCACCGUAAAUACUAUGCAUGACAUUAAUGCGUGCCCGAUGCACUGAGAUCAAAUAAAUUCAUUGUUGUGGGAUCGGAAUUGCGUUUCAGAGUAAAGUAUUAUGAGCUUAUUACAGAUGGCUUAGUUUAAAUACAAUAUGCAUUAAACUUAUUAUAGUUAUAAUCAGUAUUACUAGAUAGUAGAUAUAUCUGUUAAACUACAUGUUAUGGGGUAGAAACCAUCGUGAGGCAAUUUGUUUCAAUAAUUCAAGACAAGAUAUAUUAGAGUAUGUUCCUAGGGUCUGGUAAUUGUCGAGAAUGACUCAAAUCGUGGGUUUCAGAAAUUGGUAUUUAUAAGAAAGGCCCUGAGGGUAAGAAAGUAAAUUCUAUCGAUGGAUAUUUUGGGCACUGAUUCCAAAUUUUCUCUAUGAGUCUAUGAAAUCUAGGGUAAAAGCACUUCCUUUAUGACUAUGAGUCAUGGGCGAAAAACGGUCUUCGCCACGUGACAGGCUAGUAAAAAACAAAAACUUUUAGGGAUAGGAUUGUGCUCAGCUUAGAGUAAGGAGUAUUAUCAGAAAACGUUAAAGGGCUCUAUAACAAAUUGUAUCCAUUCAGGUAGCAUGGCUGCAACACAGCCCAGUACGAUUGUCACAACAUUUAACAAAGGUUCAUCUUCAGUUAAAAACACCCUAACUGCUUCGGGAGUAGACGUAAAAUGGUCCAUAACUGAUUGGCUUAAUACGGAAGUUAAGUUAAGCGAUUUUGACUUGUUGGUUCUGAAGAAUUUGGUUUGUGCUGUUACAAAUGAUAUUGAUUAUGAAUCAGUUAGCACAGUGAUGGGUGAUUAUCUGUAUCAAGCGGUUCGUCCCUCCUUGAUCUUAGGUAAAAUGAAGCUACUAAAUGGUGACGACUCAGCUAGUGGUAGUACUCCUAGUAUAGGAGGGAGUAUUAAACAAAAUAAAAACAGAAAAGGUGGUCGGAAAGGUGGUGGAGCGAAUAAGGCGAAAGGAGCUAAAGGGCCUUCGAAAGCUGAUCAGAUUAGAAUACAAAAUUCAAUCGGUAGCUUAAACUCGAAAGUUGAAGGAGCUUUAUCCGCAUUUGCCGGUAAUGACGACUUCCGACGCCCGAAACUGUUUUUGGAAAAGAUCGUGGAGAUGCGGGGAAUUGGUUUUCUAUGUUGUGCAUGGUUCUUGUUGACAAAGCAGAAAAGUCAGGAAUUGACUGCCUUAACUUGCAGUAUCAUUGUGUCAUUAGAAAGAUUUAUCAAGGUAACGGAAAAACUGAAAGGGAAGUCGCAUCUUGAUUCUUUGAAAGACGACAUCGUUUCAGUUACCCUAAUAAAUGAUUUGAGAGAUAAAUUGGCGGAGCUAAAAGAGAAAUUCGAAUUCAGUGGCGAGAAACUAUACCGUACAUCUCCACAAUUGUUAAUUUUCAGUGACUUUGACGCUGUCCUCCCAGUUUCAGCAGUCAAACCUUAUCCACAUCAAUCCAAAAUAUGUAAAAUCCUAGAGGAAAACAUUGAAAAUGGAUGUUAUAUAAUGUACCGUGCUAUCACUAAUGCUGGUAAAACUACUACCAUUGCAAUGUUGGCUGCUACGGUCCAGAAGAUUAGAAAUACUCGACAUGAAAAAGACCCCCUCGCUAAGCUAACG